UAAAGGAGUUAAAUCGAAUCGAGUUGAUCACGAUUCCACGUUAUUUAUUGGUAACCGCGCUGUAAUCACAUAAAGAUUGGCUGGGUGGUUUCCAUUGUUUAUUCUUCCACAAAUUAGCAUAACUAAAAAAUACAACAAUAUCUAUCGAGUAGGCAAUCCAUCAACAGUUCAUCUGCGGACUCCGGUUUAAUCAGAUGUGACAGGUGGAGAAGACAACACUCCUUAUUACCUUUGAAAGCUUUGAAAACAACGCUGCUGUGUUGCAGGUCAGGAAGCUGGACAAAUUUGAAGCAAUAUGGUUCGCCAAAUCGUUUUGAUUUCUGGCUGUUCCAGCGGCAUUGGACUCGCUACAGCUGUAUUUCUCGCCAAAGAUUCUGAGAAACGCUUUAAGGUCUACGCCACCAUGAGGAAUCUGUCGAAGAAAGGACAAUUGGUGGAAGAAGGAAAGGAAUAUCUUGGAGACACAUUGGUUAUCAAAGAAAUGGAUGUGAGCAGUGACGAAUCGGUGCAGAAAGCUGUGGAGGAAGUGUUAGACACAGAAGGGAGAAUUGAUGUACUAUGUAAGUACCGGUGGUCCUGUAAUAAGAUUUUAUGAUUUUUCCUCAUAAUCAUUAAUCAUUUUUUACAAUACCACCUUCUCGAGAAAGCUGGAUAUAAAGUUCAAGUUGCGUUUUCCUUAACCAGUACACUUAAUGGAUGAAAGCAAUACCUUUAAAUUGUACACGAGACGUACGCUUUUGCAAAUCUUUUGUUUGCUGAGGUGACAAUGCCAGUAUCAGCUUGUGGCUAAUCGUUUAUUUAUAGAAGACAUCGCGAAGAAAGGAUCUCUUAAUGAAUAAUUAUCCAUGAAAAACCUGCUUACAAAUUCCGUGGUUAAACCAAAAGUUGUUCGGAAAUCUUAAUAGCUAGCGCUUCAGGCAAUGCGGUUUUGUUCAUGAAUCAUAAAAUGCCAAUUGAAAGGUUACGACAGAGAUCGAUUUCAAGACUCUCUAUUUUUCGAUACUUUAUUGUGUGUUAAACGAUAACAUUAGCCGGGCCGGAGACAAGCAUUAACGCCUGCUGUUUGUGCAAUCAAAGCAAAAAGGCAGAAGGAAUUUUAAAUACGAAAAUCAUCCACCACAAAGUGAGUCAUAUGAAGCGGGGUCGAAGGGUCUCUCUUGAGUACUUCAUCAGCAAAUACAUAUAAGACUCAAGGUCGAGAACAAGUGUUUGGUCAUUUUUUUUAGACGUAUCAAAAUGAUGGAUGAUUCACGCGGAGUUUUAAAACUUCCUAAUCAAACCUGAGCUGAUCGUAUAAAAGAAAACGAUAAAUGCCUUGUCUUUGAGACCAAGUUUGAUCUAUUGCUCGAGGCGUUUGCUCGGUUUUAUAGCUUCACCAUGAAUACUUCUUUGUGAGAAUUUAGACAACUUAAGUGCGUAGUUAUUUCAGUAAAACAAACGAGGAUCAUAAACGAGGCUAUUGUGCACUAAACCCUUACUUAAAGCCAACGUAGUAAUUCAGUGUAUAGGAAAUAAUUGCCAGAACUCAAUAUUUUUAAUCCUUUUAAAAAAUGGGCAAAACGUCCCAUUGCAGGAGGGUUCCCUGAGACACAAGGCAGUACAAGUCUCCCAUUUCUUGCGCGUCUUCGCCUCUCUGGUUCGCUUUUAAACUGAGAAGUCUGCUUGCGUUGAAAUCGACCCAAGGAUGCUAUGAGCGCUGGUAAAAGUGGUUUAAAAUGACGGUAAAAAGGGAAUCAAAGCUAUUUAGACACUGCUCGCUGUAAACAUUUCUGACCCCAAUAUAAGUGAAAUAUUUUAUUUAGCUAAGAACUAACUGGUAUUAUCUAUCCAUAAGUUAACAACGCUGGUAUUGGAGGUCUGUUUACUGCACUGGAAUGCACACCACUCGCCCUGGUCAAGGAGCUGUUUGAAGUGAAUUUCUUUGGCUCUGUGCGUUUGAUCCAAGCCGUACUACCAGGAAUGAAAGCAAGACGAAGCGGACAUAUCAUCAACAACAGUAGCCAUCUUGGUAUCGUCGGGGUGCCUUUUAACGAGAGUUACUGUGCAACAAAGUUCGCUAUGGAGGGACUCACGGAAGCUUUAGCUCCAGUCUUACUUCAUUUCAACAUCAGGUAGUGUGAUAGUCUUCAGUCAAAUCUCCGAUAGCUUUUCUAUAAUAAGCCGAAUGAUACACAUGUUUUGAUGAUUCUUAUUUUUGGAAUCUAUUCAAUAAAUAGACUCUUCUUUGCCGUGCAUUCGUUCAAUGAUAGAUCACAGAUGACGUAAAAAUUUGGUAAGAAUUACAGGUGGCUCACGAGGCGCAGUCAAGUGUGAUACUGAUCCGCUGACCUUAUCGAUGAUCCAUUGAUAAACAGACGCACGGUCCAAUGGAAUCUAUCUAAAGUCAUUCAUAGUGACGUCAUCUAUACGUCUAUCUUCUAAUAAAUCAUUGGAUGGAACUAAUUAAAAUUCUCAUAUAGUGCAGCUUAUCGUAUAAUUCUUAAUUAGAUUAUGUACAAGAAACGGAAAUCGAAUUUUCGCGAAUCAAGGGAGAAUAUCUCUUACAGAGUGUAGAGCACAAGCUCUGUAACCGCAAAGGUAAAUUCACGCUUAAAGACAAUGCAAACUUUUGAUAAAUGGAUUUCAUGUUGGCUUGGUUCUGUACAGUAAUAGAUCACAGACAAGAACAAAAAAGUGGCACACAUGGUGCAGCUGAGUGUGUCACUGAUGUUCUUACCAUAUUUUGACGUGUUCUGUGAUCUAUUACUGUGCAGACCCAUAGCAAUAUGGAAUAUUGCUUUUAUCAAGAGAAUCUCUUGGUUUUAUAUAACAAAGAAGGAAAUAAUGGUGGUGAUGACGUCUAUAUGUCUGUCCUCUGAUAGAUCAUAGAUCAUAAGAGCUACUCAGUUCAUUAUUGCAUAAUAGCCCACUUUAUCAUUGUUAACUAGAUUAUGUAUGACAAAUGAAAAUCUAAUUUCCGCUUGGAGUCAAGUGAGGAUGUAUCUUAAAUAGAGUAUAGAGCAAAAGUUCAGUAGCCGCGAAGGUAUAUUUACGUUAAAAGAUAACUACAAACUUAUUGAGUUACUCUCCAAAAGAGGUAACUGAGGAUGGUGAUCGUUUAAAUUCCGUCGGGAAAAAUUUCCAUACAAUAACAGAAUUGCAAUGUGGGUGUGAUGCUGAUCUAUUUCACUCUUUAAGGUAUAAGGUCUCAGUUGGUAAUUUCUGAGAUAUUUUUAUGUUCUUAAGCCAUUUCAGGAUUUUUUAAAAUCACUUUUUAAUCCUUUUUGCCUUUUUUCAAUUUUGGCCUUAUUUCUAGAGCUUCUAAUUCAUACCCAAAAAAAAGCCAUGUUUAUAUUGGUAACCUCUCCUUACAGGUGUACCAUACUCGAACCAGGCCCUACGCAGACCCUCGGUCCUGAAAAUGGCACCGCCUUCGUCAACAAAUUCAGUUUAUCAGACGCCGACCAAAAGAGUCAAGAACUUUUGGGAACCUUUGCGGGGAGAAUGUUCUCUAUGUUCGGAAGCACAAUGCAAACUUCUCACCAGGUGGCAGAAUACGUGAAGAAUAUUAUCCUCUGUGAGAAACCACAGUUUCGAUACCAAACAAAUGCAAAAUACAGACCCGAGGAAAUCAAAGUGAAGCUUGCCGAUCCUACAGGAAACACUUUAGUUGAAAUGGUGAAGAGAGACUUUCUUGACACUGAAUAACUCAUGUUUGUAAAAUUUGAACAAUAUAUAAAAUUUAGCGUACAAAUACACUAUGAAUUUAAUCAGUAGCUUUUUAUCGGCUUACUACUCGAGUUUUCGUUGCAGCAUGUUUGUGACUAAUAGGGAGAUCUGUUCAUCAGUCUAAUGGUUUUUUUCCCAAUCUCACUUAGCAUUCCUUGCGCAACUAAUAUAGUAAGCCAAACACUGCAACGAUCUUUACAUCCUUUACAUCCUUUUAUGUGAAGCUCUGAAUGUUUUCGGGCAAAGGAUCUAUUUCGUCGCGCGAAAGAAGUUUUUUUCGUCGAUUAGUAAAUAGAAAUGUUGCUGGGUUUUUUAGACCGUUUCAUCGCAGUUCUGGGACCUACUUAGGAAAACAACAAAAAGAUGUUAAAUAUACAUAUAUGUGUGUGUGUGUGUGUGUGUGUGUGUGUGUGUGUACAUAUGAACCGAUGUGUAUCAUACUGACUGAAUCAAAUGUCUUAUCCUCAUUCUGUGUCAGUCAUCAUUACUAUUUCUCCCAGUACCGCUCGGUUUGUCGAGUACAAGCCAGUGCAACGUAGUAGAAGCACAGUUAUGAAAGUAACUCAAGGUCAUUUUAUUACCCGUGUAUCCCUUGCAACUUGUACUCGGAAAGAACAAUUAUAUAUAUUUUUUGCACGCUUACGGUGUAGUCCUUCUCUCGUUAUGGAGAAUGAUCUGGGAGCUAUUUCCUAAACGGCUGGUAAGCUGUCUUUUGAAGGUAGCCCAUGGUUUACAACUUACAAAAUAAUUUUUGACGUCUCCUUCGUGAAGGAACCAAAAUUUGCUCGUAGAAGGCGUCUUUUCUUCAGGCUGCUACAUCUGAGGCUUUUCUUUUCUAGUUUAGCUGCACUCGUCAAUUCAAGUGAAAGCAACUUGUAUAAAUAGAAAGCAUUAACUGUAACAGAAAACCUGUCCUGUCCUGCAUAAGUAUAGUGACCCAGGUCGACAUUUUUGGAUUACAGGUAAAAUAACGAAUAUGUGACGUGAAGGUACUUUUUCCACAACGAUAAGAAGUUUAUAAUUUUGCAUUGUUCUUGUGCAAUUCACGCUUUCAAGUUCUAGUUGUUGUUUUUAGCAAAUUCCCAAAUGACUUCUAACUGAAUAUUGGACUGCUAUAUAGGGCAUUUCAUUUUCCCCUUUUUUUUGGCCUAUUCUACAUAGACUUGUACCUCUCCCGCCCCGAAUGAACUCUAUCGGGGAGUUUGGGGAUGAGUCACACAUGACAACUCACGCUGCUUAGUCACGCGUUAGUCACGGCCGAAAGAAGCGACGUUGAGGGAAAGAAAUCAUGUCUUCUCGCCAAAUCGUGUUGGUUUCAGGCUGUUCCAGUGGCAUUGGACUCGCAACAGCUGUGUUUCUCGCCAAAGAUGCCGAAAAACGCUUUAAGGUCUACGCCACCAUGAGAAAUCUGGCGAAGAAAGGACAACUGGAGGAAGAAGGAAAGGAAUAUCUUGGAGACACAUUGGUUGUUAAACAGAUGGACGUGUGUAGUGAUGAGUCAGUGCAGAAAGCUGUGAAGGAGGUGUUGGACACAGAAGGGAGAAUUGAUGUACUUUGUAAGUUACCUUUUGUUAAUUUUUUAACAUUCUGUAUUGUUUUGUUGGAGUUAAGUAGUAAUUUUAAGCGUAUACUGCGUGAAUCGCAGUGUUGCGCAACUACGGUGGAACCCCGCUCACCCGAGAAGUAAGAAUUAUUUGCUUAUCAGCUUAAUACUCCAUCACGGGUGAGCUCUUUUCUUUACUUCGUUUAUCUCAGUGAAAAAAAUUGGUGUAGGUAACAAGAUUAUUUCGAGUUAAGCGUCAAUAAGCAAGGGUAAAUUUUUCAAAGGCAACAAAAUUGCAUGAUGUAAAAGUGCCUAUUGACACCAUUACUUAUUAAUAAUUUACAUGAAAAAAUAAUCUUAAAAAGUCACGAAAGACCAAAUUUUGGCAGCGGGCCUGUGCUAUUUCACAUUUGCAUUCGUGUUAGCAUAGUUAAUCACUUCAUUUCGAGUCCAAUUUGGAAUAAAUAAGCAGGAGUAAAUUUUUUCAAAGACUAACAAAAUUGCACGAGCCCGUAGGGCGUGUGCAAUUUGUUGUCUUUGCAAAAAUUUACAUUAAAACAGUUACAUUCGAAAUCAUGUGAUUAACUAUACUAAUAUUAUACAUGAAAAAUACGAGAUAGCUUAUCAUAAUUAUGCAGAAGCAAAGCGCGUGCAUCAAGUGCAAAAACAAUUUAUUCAAACCAUGCAAGUGACAUUGUGCGUUCGGUUAAAACAACCGCGUACGAUCAAAACAACAAUAUACAAUGAUAUUUUCACAUCUUUAAGGCGCAAUACAGUUCAAAGUCUGGCUAAACAGUUCAAAGAAUAGUUCAGACUGGUUUGUUACUUCUUUGCACUGAAUUAACCCUCUUCUGCAUUUAAUUACCUGAAAACUGCAUCUAUCAUAACCAAUCAGAACUGAGUAAUUUUUUCAUGUAUCUUAUGUUAUGAAAAAUGAACUCGUUUUCAGCCAAUCAGAAGUAAAAUGCACUCCUUCGAGUAGCUCCGGUGAAGAAUGCUUCCUUCAAAAGUUUGUGCUAUGGAAAGAUUUUCUUUUUUUUCAAGUUUCUUUCUUGAUUUGUGCUCGUGUUAUUUUGCAAUAUUUGCAGUUAACAAUGCUGGCGUGACACUUCUAACAAUCCUUGACUGUGUCCCCAUGGAAUUGGCUAAAGAAACAUUUGAUAUCAACUUUUUUGGGACCCUGCGGUUGAUAAAUGCAGUUCUCCCAAGCAUGAAAGCAAGAGAAAGUGGACACAUAAUCAACAACAGCAGUGUUUUUGGAGUUAUUGGUACCCCAUUCUUUGAGGUAUACUGUGCGUCGAAGUUUGCUGUUGAAGGGCUGACAGAAUCUCUGGUUCCAACACUUAAGCACUUUAACAUAAGGUAAUCAGUUAUGAAUCUUUUGAUUAUUUCUUUUAAUUUUUGUCUCCUUUUUGCAUCUAGGGCCCUGUUGGCAAAGAUUUCAAGAGCAAUUUGGUGUUAAUAAGUGCAAGUAAAUUCUGCAAAGAUGACAAAAUUUCACAAGUCUGUAGGGCGAGUGCAAUUUGUAGUCUUUGAAAAACUUACAAGUGCCUAUUUAAACCAAACUGCAUGAGAAAUCAUGUUCUUAUUUAACAAUUUGCAUGAAAAAAAUAUCACAGAACGUCAAGACUGGCAAAUUUUGAUAGUGUGCGCUAUUUGUAAUUUGCAUUUGUUUUACAACUUUGCAACAGUGUUACAUAAAAAAUACACUUAUUUACAGCCUAUCAGAUGUGUAUGAUUUUUUCAUGUGUAUUAUUAACCACUUCCAAAGUACUUCCAAAGGCCUCUUUAAACCCAUUGACCAAUAAGGGUGACUGGCAUCUAAUUUCUCCUUACAAUAUCACCUCUGAAUAAACAUUAAGUCUACAAUGUUAUUGAAAUGAUCGCUGCCUAAGGAAUCUGUUGAUUAUUAGACAAAUUCUCCAUGUCAGUACCUUAGUGAAUAUAUAGAGAACAGCAUGGAGAAUAUGCAUACUAAUGUUACGGUGGAGAAGGUUAUGGUCUUGUCAUUGGCUCUGACUGAGUUGAAACUGAUUUUAAUCCAAGGCUCUUUUAAAUGUUGGCCAAUAUCAUUUAGUAUUUUAAACCAAUAUUCCUUAAAUAAUAUUUUUAUUUACUCUCAUCACUGCUUAGCCUACCUUACUGUAAGGAGAAAUUUUUUGUGUCACUUCUAUGGGUGAAGGGGAAAAGUUUCUUAGAAAUGUUGAAAGAACUCCAUUUUACACGCUUUACUAGCCAGAAUGUGCCUGCUGCAAUUUUUUUAAAAUUUGCUCAGUACCCUUUAAUUAACCCUUUGAUUCCCAGAAGUGAUUAGCAUGUAACAUCUCCUUACCAUUGUGUACAUUAUUCAGGAAACAAGUAAUGAGAAUAUUCAAACUUAUCAGGUAGAAGUUAUCAUCUUGAUCUAAGACCCAAUUCUCAUGGCUAAUUUUAAAGGAAACGUGUUGCAGCUAGAGGGGAGAAUUUAUUGUCUUUCUUUUUCCCUCUGAAAUAGAUGCACUUUGCUUGAGCCUGGCCCUGUAAGCACUUCAAUUGGAGACAACAAUGUUGAAAAUACCAAGGGUAUUGACUUGAAAACUGCUGACCAAAAGACACAGGACUUGUGGGUCAGAAUGAUGGAGAGAUUGGGUCCAGCUUUUGAAGGAAAGUUUUUAACUCCACAGGCAAUAGCAGAGGUUGUUCAAGAUAUAAUUCUAAGUGACAAGGGCCAGUUUCGCUAUCUACCUAAUGAAGGAAUGUUUAGUGAAGAAAUUACUGCCAGAUUUGCUGAUGCUACAGGGUUUAAAUCUGUGAACCUGAUUGCCAAACAGUUUUGUGAUGACAAGUAGUAUUCAUACAAAAACAAACAAAAAAAAAGGUAGAUUAAGCAACACAGUGGAAAGGCAGUCUUUCAACAUGACUAUUCACUGAAGUGUCAUGUGAUCUGAUAUGCAAAUUAACAGUAGUGUGCACAGAAUGGUAUUAAAAGACUUUAUUAACACAUUUCAUGUCAAUCCAGAUAAAAAAACUCGAAAUGCAAUUGUAUAUUUUUGACCACAAACUCUACGAGGUUAGAUGCCACCAUAUUGUAAAACUAACUGCAUAACUUGACUUAUGUGCAUGGUAAGUUUCAAAGAACAGUUUCUCCCAACUUGGAUUAAAGAAGGAAAUAAAUGAAAAAUAACUUGAAAUAAUGCAAUUAUUGAGUGUGUGAAAGUUAAACCCCAAUCACUUUCCCCAUGGAUCGAACUUCAACCACCAUUAAUCCCUUGAUUAUGCCUUCAAGUUCCUCCCCAUUGUGUAAAUAUCCCCUCCUUAGAAUAUCACAGAACUCUGUUUCUGUUUCUGUUUCUGUAUAACUUUCUGUUUCUGUUCAACACGUAGAUUCCAUCUUGCUGUGAUUAAUUUAUGGUAAGAACAUCAGUUACACACUCAGCAGAACCUCCUGUGCCUCUUUUUUAUUGCUCAGGUGUUGAGGUGGGUUGCAUGAAAGAAGUAGCUACUCUUGUUUCAUAAAGCAAAAGUACAGAGCCAAUAAAAUUAAGUACAGUCUAAAGAAUUAAAAACGGCUUCUCUUAUUAUAAAUUAUUUUGCCGUUGCAUCGUCAAUCUGCUGUCUUUUCCCCUUAAUUUUUAUAUAGGCUCAGCCACUCGAUGGAACAUCCUCCCUCUUCCUUCCCCUCCCCACGACGAACUAAAAACUGUGCACCGCUCCGGAAGUGCUAUCGGAAAAGCCGAAAAAGUUCUUAAGCGUCAAGUCUCUUUUUUUCUUUUUUGAAGACCGGGUCUGAGAGUAGUGAAAAAAUAGAGCCGAUAAUUAAACAGCUUUAGCUUUAACUUCCUGAUUUCUAGUCCGUCAGAGAACCUUAGUAAUGAAUCUUUUAUUUGAAUUGUUAUUAGUUUUGUUAUUUACUCUUUCGGGAAAAUUUUUUCUAAAACGAAAAUUUCCCAUGUCAACCAAAGAAGUAUUAUUGUUUCCUCAGAAGCGAAAAGGCGUUCAUAUUUGAAUUUACUUUAUGGGUUACCAAGGUUUAAAACUUUAGCAAAAACUCUUAUUUAUCUUUCCCCACGAGAAAAUCUGGGCUCUGCCUUUUUCUUAUUUUACUUUCCCUUGGUGGCCUUCGCCUGAAACGAAGCAGAGCAUACUACGUUUCCCGUUUUAAUUAUAAUUUUUAAGCUUAUAUUUUGCACAGUUGAUAGCCACACCUAAUCUUUUACGGUUGAAUUCAGAUAGAUUUUGCAUCUUUAAAUAUAUUUUCUCUUGAUUUCAGGCAAUUUCCGAGAGCUGCGAUUUUUGCCCCCUACCUAGUUCAAACAAAGUCAUGGAAGGUCAAGUACGGAUAAAUUAAGUUAUUUUCAUCUCCAUCCGAGUCUUUGGCAGCGCUGAUUUUUUAAACAUGUUUUAUUUAUUCAAGCUACUUAGCACACCCCAUUAGCAGACUGACAAUCGUCAAAAACAACAUGGCCGUCCAAAUAGUGUUGAUUUCUGGCUGCUCUAGUGGCAUUGGACUCGCUACAGCUGUGUUUCUCGCCAAAGAUGCCGAGAAACGCUUCAAGGUUUAUGCCACCAUGAGAAAUCUGACGAAGAAAGGACAAUUGGAGGAGGAAGGAAAGGAAUAUCUUGGAGACACACUGCUCAUUAAACAGAUGGAUGUGUGUAGUGACGAGUCAGUAGAGAAAGCUGUGAAGGAAGUGUUGGACAUAGAGGGAAGGAUUGAUGUAUUGUGUAAGUUACUUCUUUUUCUUGAUUUGUUGACAGUUUGGUUGCGGUUAAGGUUUAAAUUUCCAUUGCGUGAAUCUGCGAGUUAACUGGUUACAAAUAUAUGCCAAUGAGCUUAGUGCAAUAUCACGGAUGAAUUCUUUUCCUUUCUUCGUUAAUCUCAGUGAAAACAUAGUAUGUUAUAAUGAUCGCAACCCAAGGUGUCGAGUUCUGUUUAGUCUUGCGUAUGAGAGAAGCUUCAUUUACUUCAGACAAGGACGACAAGGAUAAUUUAAAACGGUCCUCAGAACAAGAAGCCUUGACAAAAUGACAGGAAGAAGCUUAACAAAUGCUUCUCGACUUUUCAUGCAAUAGCGAGCACAUUAAUCAUUCGCCAGAGCCGGAGGCUGAUCACUGAAAAGUGAAGUUUUUUUUUUAAUUAAAGGAGCCUAAUGACCUUAACUUUUAAUUAAAAGAACGACAAAAAAGCCUUCAAGUUGUAUUUCGAUUUAGCAUCUUAAACGAAAUUUCAAGGUCAUCAUAAUAACCAAUCAAAAUAAAGGAAAAUACCACCCAAAGUGUCCACAAGUAAAACAGCUUUUUUGGGACUGGUCGUUAUUAAAUGUUUAUCAUCUCUUGGUCGUUAUUUAUCGCCUCAAGGUGGGGGUGGGGGGUCGGGAGAGUUUGGUUCUGACACGACCAACCCCCUCUGUUCCCCCUCUGAAAACCAUUUGAUCCCCAAAAAAAUACUCACCAUCACUCACAUCGCUCUACCAUCACUUGGAUGUUUAUUUGGACCCAAUUCAUUGACCAGCUCCCAGUUGGCUUGUUAGCUCAAUUGGUAGAGCGCUGCACCGGUAUCGCAGAGGUCAUGGGUUCAAAUCCCGUACGGGCCUGAAAUUUUUUUUUCAGGUCCUAUUUACAACUACUCGUUUCAGUAGUGUUCUUAGCUGCGAGGAUCUCCUAAUUUCAUCUUUCCACCGCAGUGCAAAUAUGUGAAUGUUAAUAAUCUCUUGCUAAUCCUAAAUCGCGUGUGAGUAAAAAAGGCCGUGAUUGGUUUUUAUUGGUUGAGAAUGGGCGGCGAGUUUUGUGACUCCAAAUUAAUUUGUACAAUGGACUAAAUUUAUUAUACUUUCUUAUCUCUGCAGUUAACAAUGCAGGAAUCGGCUUAAUGACUGCGCUUGAAUGUGUUCCUAUUCAAAUGGCUAAGGAACUGUUUGAAGUGAAUUACUUUGGAGCAUUAAGGUUAAUCAAGGCCGUGCUACCAAGCAUGAAAGCGAGGCAGAGUGGGCUGAUCAUCAACAACAGCAGUCAUUUUGGCAUCGUAGGAGUUCCUUUUGUGGAAAUUUACUGCUCAUCCAAGUUUGCAAUUGAGGGUCUGACGGAAAGCAUAGCUCCCACUCUGCGACAGUUCAACAUCAGGUAUGGUGUAAUUUAGACAACAAGCUGGUUAUAAAUAGUCAGUUAAAACAGCGUAAUGUUGGCGCGUCGCGCAUCUUGUAGUGUCACUAGUACCGCAGGAGUGAGGUGCGCGCUGACAGAAAUUUUUUUCACUAUAUUUUCCUUUUUAAUCGUGCAACAAUGUUCGCCGAAAUUGGUACGGUGUAAUUAGUACAUCCUUCAUUUUUCGGUGAUACAGACUGCCGCAAAAGUCCCCUUAAAAUUGUUUUUGAAGAGCGUUUCAUCCCCAUUCAUGUAGUUGUUGGUAAGCUAAGGUUGUCUUAUAAAGAGAGGAAAACGUCAUGGUCUCAUUUAAAAAAUAACUCUCACUACAUACAUUGCAGUUUCUUUAUUGCGCAUAUGUCACUUUCAGCUCAGUGUAGUUUUUUUUUCAAUUUGUUUAUGUUUUCUGUUAGAUGCUGCCUGUUGGAGCCAGGCCCCGUGCAGACUAGUAUUGUACCCAAAGCAAACGAAUGGUGCGAAGCUGGGGCGGACUUGACGACCUUAGAUCCAAAGACAAAGGAUAUAAUGGCAACUGUAUUCUCCAACGUACAAAGUACCUUCAACGCCGCUAUGCAGAGUUGUGAAGAAGUUGCGCAAAUUGUGCUUGAAAUAAUCUUAGGAGAAAAGACAAAUUUGCGACAUCAAACCAACGACAAAUUUGGACCUGGUGAAAUCCCUGCCAAAUUAGCUGAUCGCACAGGAAAUACAUCAGUUGAUAUUAUAUCAAAGCACUAUUUGGGAAAAUGAAAUAUCUGUUUUAAACAGAAAUGGUUCUUAAUAAUAGAGCUCUUUAUAGUAGCUGGCGUAUGAAAAUCAGCAGUUAAUAUUAUGUAUGACUUAAGAUAAAUCAAUGUUACUCUUUCAUAAAGUUUGACCCCAGAUAUAAUAAAAGAGAAAAUGUCUAGUCAUUGGUGUAUGAAUUAUCGUCAUUUACGUGACUUCAGAGGGUACCAUAUGAUAACAGCAGAAAAAUAUAUUUGCUGUUGACCUUUUAACUCCCAAGAGUUAAUUAAUAAUUCUCCCUACUUAGUGUCAUACUUUUCCUUGUAAAUUAGAGAGGAGAUUUUGGUCUUAUUCCUGAAUAACUCCCUCUGGCUGAUAAACGCAUUUGCUCUCAUAACCUGUUAACAAGAUAACUUAUUGGAAUUGCAAGGAGAAGUUACAUGUUAAUCACUUCUAGGAGUGUAAGGGUUCAUUAAUCGUUUACUCCAUCCUUCAUUGCCAAUAAGACUUGUCGGUCUUUCACUUUCAAAAAUAAUUUUAUUGAUUCUUUAAGAAUCAUUAUAUUUACCUGUCAUGCUAAUUUUUAAUAUACUUUCUCAGCUUCUACAACAUGAUUUGACGUAUUCUUCCAAUAUAUUUUCAUCCGUUUCAUUGUAUAAGUGGCAAAGACACAAUUGACGUCAUGAUGGACACCGUUAAGCUGAUACAACACUUUUUGAUAUCAACCAUCACAAGAAGUGAUUGAAAAAGCGAAGCCAUCAUGAUCAGUCAAAAAGAAAGCAUCAAAAUAUGCAGAAUCAUUCUGAUGUGUGUAGCCCGGAGAAUGAUAUAGCUCCUUAAUUUACAUAAAAGCUGUAGUAAAAAUAACUUCACAUGAGACAGCAGGUAUCUUACGUACUACAAAUUAGGUAUUACCCAUUUUAAACGUUCAAUAGAUGUUCUCUAAAUUACAUUGUAAUUUACCGGCCCAUUUUGAGCAAGUGACAAGUAUUCCGUGAUCCAAAGUGAAUAAAAAUAAUCGCUGAUCCGUUAUGGUUCAUGUAAUGAGUGCGCCAAACGGAUCUAACUAUAUAUAUUUUGCAUUCUCCAACAAACUGCAGUUAAAUUGCAGGGCCGAUAAUAAACAAAAUUGUUGUUCUUUAACCGCGUAAGCGAAGUAAAGAGGCAACGAACAAUUUCACUUUACAGCCAUGUGGUUUUAUUGCUUACUGGUCGCAUGAGUACUUGAUUUACGUAAUCGCGUGCCUGUUCAUUGUGUUUACGGAAAUGACUCACUAAAUAUGCCAUAAUGACGCAGCUUAAAAAACUCAUUUAAAGGUGGGCCCUGCAAGUACAGCUAUCAUCUGCAGUUGAAAAGCAAAACUGACCACAGAGUACUACUAAAAAUAAAUCAUGGCUUCUCCCCAAAUCGUGUUGA